AUGUAUAUUUUAGCAAGUUUAGCGCUGUUUGCGUCGGCAGAAGCGUUUUUCCUCAAAUGGGGUUCCGAUUCGGGUAGCCAGUCUCAGAAGAGUUGGGUGCAGCCUAUGUCCCCGAAUAUGUCCCCCGCGUACCGAUACCAAUACAUGUAUCCGUACGAGUCUAGAAAGAUAUACCAGAUGCCGCCCCAGCAAUACCAACAGGAAUAUCAGCAGAACAUAGCCCCUAUCCCCAUAUCUGUCCCCGCCGGGGCCAGCCUCACACCGGUGUCCCUCCAGCACGUGCAACUCGUCCCCUGCAUGUGCCCCGUCGCCCCCGAGGAGGCGGAAAAACUCCAGGAGCAAGUCGGCCCCGGACCCUACGUCGCGCAGACCUACACACCAAAUUACUCCACCCCCCAACAGAUACAGAACCUCGACAACAAGACAACAAAACAAUAA